AUGGCUGUCUAUGCGGACGACGUGGCGCUCUGGUCCACGGCCCCAGGCUACCGUAGGCAACGGAUGGCAUGCGCCCUCCAGAGAGCACUUACAAACACUGUGUACCACUUGCAUCAACUGGGUCUGACAACAUCGGCAGAAAAGACUGUUGCUCUAUGCUACGCACCAAGGAGACCCUCAAAGUUCCAACCGACCCUGUUCAUCGGAGAUGUCCCGGUGAGAGUGGAGAAGACAUUCACGUACCUAGGACUCACCUUGGACUGGAGGCUAUCCUGGGGCCCAGCAACGCAGGUGGUGCUCCAGAGGAUGCGAACGCACACAAAUAUCCUCCGCGCGCUUGGUGGAACUACCUGGGGCACAUCGCAACAAAUGCUACUACAGCUAUACAAGGGUCUCAUUCUGGCUCGCCCACUCUACGCCUUACCGCUCAUUCGACUGAGCGGCAAUCAGAUCGAGAACCUAGAGAGAGCGCAACGCGUAGCUCUACGAAUUUGCAUCGGAGUUCCCCGUUCGGCAUCGUCACGACACACUCUUACCGAAGCAGGUAUGAAUACCGUUGAAAACCUUCUGCAAGAACGAGCGCUCGGACAUCUCAUCCGAAUGAGCAACUGCGACUCUACCAUCACGCUCUUGAUAAGCAUCGCCGAACGUACGGAUUCGGAACUGGGAGCGCAGCUCUGCACUUUAGGCGACAUCGCGGACGCCAAGCUUCUGGUGAGACGAACCAUCACACGACAGAACCCGGACCCGAGAGUGGCGGACGGCACGUUCUCAGCCCGUCUCCCACGAGGGUUGGAUCGUCACACUGCCGCGGUGCUUUACCGUCUGCGGACCGGAAGCGCUUUCACACCAGCGUGGAUAGGUCGCUUCAGGCCUGAUCUCAACCCCAAUUGCCAAACCUGCGAGGAAACUGCUGACGCCGAGCACCUCCUCCUACACUGCACCGACUACAAUGACGAGCGUACUGCCCUCCAUAACGCCUAUUCCCGCCUCGGACUCUCCAGUGAUAGCAUGGAGGACCUUCUGCAUCCGCGGGCAACGCGAGCUGUGACAGACAUGGCACUAAAAAAACUAAUAACUUACAUGAAGGACACGGAACUCCUAGAAAUUCUUUAG